GGAUCCUCCGAAAACCGUCGAGAGAAAUUCAUUUCUCGAAUGUCCCGGAGCGACGGAGGAAGAAGAACGAUGUCCACCGCCGCCGAGAGGUACCGGAAGCUGGGCUUGAGAGGGUCUUUGGCCACCGUCCACCGGUACCCGAUCGCCUGCAAGGAGCUGAGCUUCAUCCUCAGGGCCGCCUACCACAAGCUCCCCAAGAAUCUCAAGUCCGUCGUCCUCGACGACGCCCUCGCCGCCUUUCGUCUCCUUCCCGAAAUGAAGACACAGAGUGCUGUUUCAUCGGCUACUUUGCUUGCUCAGGCUGCGGAUGCGGCCUUGCCAAAGCAGAAGAAAAAUAUGGUUCUGACAGAAUUCAAGCAUGCAAAAAUUGCUCAUAAGAAGCAGCGCAAAACACGCCAGGAAGAUAUCGAUUCUUCCCAGCUACCACAAGAUGUUCUGCUGCAUAUCUUCAGUUUCCUAGAUUUUCCAUCUCUAAUUGCUGCCAUGCUUGUCUGCUGGUCAUGGAAUUAUGCGGCAAGUGAUAACUCUCUCUGGCAGACUUAUUAUACAAGAGUUUUUCCUCGCGCCGAUAAUAGUUUGAAAAUCAAGCACCAGCAAAAUAGAUCACUGUUCGAUGAUCAGCAAGAUACACCUACACCUGAGGAAACAGCUAUGCCAUAUAUUGACUGGAGGGAAGCCUUUAAAAGAUCAUAUAUAGCCAAUUCAAGGAGGAAAAUAAUCUUUGACAGAGGAUAUUGUAGGCACUGCAAGACUAUCGUUUGGCUCAAUGGUAUAAAUUGCUCAAACCAUGGGGGAGCUAAAUCGAGCAAUAAUGAAAUUAAGCCUGUGUCACCCCAACAGGUGGUUGAUUAUCUGCUCGGUGAUUUUUGUUCUUCGGAUAGUGAUGAUGGCGAUAGUGAUUCGGAUGAUCAGUCGGUCUCCAGGUUAUGGGCCUAUCCCAAAGCUACUCCAUCCUAGAGUGUUGCGAAGACUAUCAACAAGGACGAAUCUCUCUCCUCAUGGCCCCUGAAGUUAUGCAUCUCUGGAUCGAUCAUCUGAGAUUAUGAAAACAUUGGUUUUGUAGAAAAGAAAGCAGUUGGCAUCAAAACGGAGCAGUUUUAUGCUAAAAUCUAGUCUUUCAAGCUCUGUAAAGAGACGCAAAAAGUCGUCAUUGAGCUAUAUUGUGAAUAUAUGAACAUUUUACAUCAAA